AUGGAGAACCUCUCCCCGAUAGCCUACGAGGCUGCCACAGACAAUUUCGAGGCUUUGGUGGAGGCAAUGGGUGGGAACGCAGAGAGAAUGGACUUUGAGUACACGGAUGCGGACAGGUUGGAGGCAGCGGUCCAGGAGCAUGAGACAUGCAUCUUCCUUGUUCUCCUGGGUGGUGGUGAUGUGGACCUCUCUAAGAGGGCCAACAAGCUCGUCGUCUCUGAGCCCCGCAGCGAUGAAGAGGGCUAUGAGUACGUGCACAGCUUCGUCAUCAUCAAGACAGAAGACGAAGGAGUCAAAUGCUUUCAGCAGUUCCCCGGUGGGAUGGACAGUGACAAGGAGUGUUUCUCAGUUGAUUCCGAGUUUUGGGAGGGCUUGCGGCGCUUGACCGCCCACAGUCGUGCGGGCGUUGUCCCAAAGACCUUCCAAAAUCUCUUCUGUGGCUCCACCUCACCGUCAGUACUUCCACCUCACGAUUCCAUGAUCAUGAAGGGCAUCGGCUUUUGA